AUGUUUCGUCAACUGCAUACCAGAGCCAUUCCUUCCACUACAACCGCUGCUUCCGUAGCUGCGCGUCCCAAAUACCAUCUUCCCUCCUACAACUUAAUCAGCACCUGUGGACCGUCAACAAGACCGCUUCAAUUAAUCAACAAUCUACAACUGCGGGGUAAUAUCGGCAUAAACGCAAACGCAAUCACAAACAAGCAACUCCACACAACCGCAGCAAUGGCAUCCGCAACAGGCUUCUACGACUUCAAGCCCCUCGACAAGCGUGGCCAGGAGGUCCCCCUCGCCGACUACAAGGGCAAGGUCGUCCUCGUCGUCAACACGGCCUCCAAGUGCGGCUUCACUCCCCAGUACGCCGGCCUCGAGAAGCUCUACAAGGACAUCAAGGAGAAGCACGGCGAUGACUUCGUCGUCCUCGGCUUCCCCUGCAACCAGUUCGGCGGCCAGGAGCCCGGCUCCGACGACGACAUCCAGAACUUCUGCCAGGUCAACUACGGCGUCUCCUUCCCCAUCAUGCAGAAGACCGACGUCAACGGCGACAACGCGAACCCCCUCUUCCAGUGGCUCAAGGAGGAGAAGCCCGGCAUCAUGGGCCUCAAGCGCAUUAAGUGGAACUUUGAGAAGUUCCUCAUCGGCCGCGACGGCCAGGUCAAGGGCCGCUGGGCCAGCACCACCAAGCCCGAGAGCCUGGAGAAGCCCAUCCUCGAGGAGCUGGCGAAGAAAUAA